AUGAGCCUGGCAGCCACUCGCACAAUUAGGAAGAAAAAUGAGGGCAGUAAAUCUUUUAGACCGUACCGAGACUACGACCACCUGUACGAUCCCGUGUACACAGUGUCUGGAGAGGUGGAUCAUGCCAAGUCCAGCUUUAAGGCGUCUAUGGACAGACUGAGGAGAGUGCCAGAGUUUGGGACAAUGUUCAGCGCCCUGCCCCACUACCCACAGCACACCAUUCAGCUGAACACCACAGACCCAGUGCCUGGCUUUAUUGAUCGUCGCUGGCAAGGCCAAGUGGAACAACGCAGAGAGGCACUGCAGCAACUGGCUGGGGUUACUCCUGGUGUUCAGUCUUGGCUCAGAAAGGAAGAGUGCCAUGUGACCGGGACUGAUCGCUGGAAGUACUUUAAACGCCCUCUGAUUCCCUUUGCCCACCAUGUUCCCCCGGAUGUGAUUUUUGCUUUGCAAAUAGACACAUCAGAGAAAACUGACAGCACUGAGCAACAGCACCCUCCAUACCAGGUCUCUGUGGGGGUCCAGACAGACUACAGGGACAGCGAGGCACAAACAGACCCCUAUGGUCCUGGCUAUGUGAUACGACCUGGAUCAGCUCCCUCAGAGCUCUUGGCACUGGCAACCUUGACUUGGGGUCGUGGUCUGCCUGCUGGUCUGGCAGAAGUGGAAAUGAUAGAGCGGGUCCGUGCAAGGCGCGCCUGGGAGGCCACACUUCCGCCUUUAAAUGACCUGAGCCAGCUGGACAAGAGGAGGCGUAUGAUAGAGGAGAUAGAGACCAAAGAAUGGGCCUUCAGAGAAGGGGAGAUCCAGAAGUUGCAGGAGGCCCGUCUUGCGGUGCUGAGAGACCUGCAGAGGCAAAGAGAGGAGGCCCAGAAGGAAACCACAAUGGAGAGACUAAACCAGAAAUAUUCUAAGCUCCAAAGAGCCAAGGAGGCCAAGCUACAGAAGAUUCACAAAGACUAUAUCCGCUCACUGAGGAAGCUAACAGCUAAGAGCAGAAAUGUGGAGGGGAAGCUGGAGCGACGUGACAUCAUCAAAGAAUAUACAGACUACUCAUCUCAGACAUACGCCCCACUGACCCGCAGAGGCGUUUUCCCUGACAGCAACACCCGCAGGAAUGUGGUCAAAAGUCGCUUCCUAGACACAUAUGAAGGACUGCUGGAGCUGGAGGCAGGACUCCCUGCCUCACUGAUGGAGCCAUGUGUGAGAGCGCCCAAACAUAAAGUCAGCAAGGUCUCUGAGCGCAGACAUAUGGAACUGAUGCAGAAAUAUAAGGUAAAGCAUAGCGAAGUACAUAUUUAUAUAUUAGAGAAGGACUACAAGAGUAUCUUUGUCAAGAAAGAUAAGCCUCCUCCUUGUCCAGUAACCCCCAGGGUGGAAGAGCCACCAGAGGGGGAUGAGGAACAAGAACUGGGAGUCAUCUACUUGCAGAAGCUACUGCGGGGAAGAGGCAAGCAGUACCAGAUGUUUAAAGGCAAGGAGAAGCGUCUGGAGCUCAUCCAGGAGCUGAGGACUACACAUGCCCUGCAGAAGGAGGAGCAGCAGCUGUUGGGAGCUGAUGCACAGCUCACACAGACUCUGAAAAACCAGAGAGACCUGCACAGACACAAGACCUCUCAAGAGGAGGCAUAUCAGGCCAGCAUGGUGGGUGUAGAGCUGGUGAAUCUGUUGGACACCUUGUCUAAGGAGCUGAUUCAUCUGCAGACAGAGCGCAGGAUCCAUGCUUUUAUGUUGCUGGCUGAGAGAGAGCGUUGCCUGCGAGAGGCUGAGGAGAGCGGAAGGAGACAGGUGGAGGAGCGCCGACGCAGGGAGGAAGAUGAGAUCUUCAGACAACUGGUGCUGGUGCACCAGGACACUGUGGAUCUGUAUUUGGAGGACAUCAUCCUGGGCACCAUGGAGCUCACAGCUGACCAGCAGGCCAGAGAGGAGAUCCGCAGGAUGGCAAGGGAGGUCAACGACAUUGUGUAUGACAUGGAAGAAAGCCGGAACAAUCUUCAAUCAGAAGAGAUUGUGUCAGAGUUGGUGAACAGUUGCCUCAUCCCAGAAGUCCAGAGGAUCAGUGUCAGGCAAAGAGUGCACCAGAGCCAGCGCAGACACUUGCAAGCAGCCCGACAUAUCAUUCCAAGUGCAGCAAACAGUUCUGGGGUCCCUCCAGUUUCCCAUGGGGCUCUGCAGCCAACCGCUCCCUCUGACAGAGCCUCCAGCCAAGUCCUUGAGGAGAUGAUCAGCAAAGUGGAGCAGGAGCGGAGCAGAGACUGUGCCUCAAAGACACAACAGGACUAG